AUGGAAGUCAGGACAGCUGAGGUGGACCCCUUUCUACUGCUGGCCCUCUUGCAUCUUGGUCGGGUCCUUCCCCAUAGCAGUGUCCCAGCAGCUCAGGGCCUGAUGGUUGGUCUUCCAGGACCCCAGGUUUCUGAGGCCCUCUGUACCAAAGCUGUGUUACAGACAUCGGAGCUGGAGGAGAGCAAUGCCUGGAUGGCAGUGAAGGAGGCUCAGAUGGAGAACACCAUGACCAUCAACCUCACCAACCCUCCCGAUGCUGUCAUUGGCUGCUACCAGCUGAGCACCAAGGUUUCCUCUCGCCGCAAACACAGUAACCAGGACCUGGGUGAGUUUGUUCUGCUUUUCUAACCCUGCCUUUCAGAGGAUGAUGUGUUUCUGGCCACAGAGGAAGAGAGACAGGAGUACUACGUGCUCAACGACAGCGGGAUCAUCUUCGGAGGAGUGAAGAAGCACAUCCGAGCCCAAGGCUGGAAAUUUGGGCAAUUUGAGGAGAACAUCCUGAACAUCUGCUUCUGCAUCCUGGACCGACGCCCUAGUCAUCAAGAUGACCCAGCCACCGAAGUGUCCCACCGCCACGACCCCAUCUACAUCACUGGAGCCAUCAGGGCCAUGAAGGAGAGACAGGUGUACAGCAAGACCAUGAAGAAGCUGUUAAGAGUGGAAGCCUCUGGAAGGAGGGCCCAGGUCCACAGUGUGGGCAGCCAUGGUCUCUGAUGUGAUGACCUCCUGGAGCCUGCCACUAAGCCCAGCAUCACUGGAAAGUUCAAGGUUCUGCAGCUGCCCAGGCUGCGCCAUGACCUGAGGCUGGUCCUUUGCUUGGCUAACCUCACCUCCCGGGUCCAGCAGAUCCAAGUCAACAUGAGCAGCGCUACCAUCCUUUACACCCGCAGGCCGGUGUCAGAGAUCCUGCACGAAUCCCAUGCAGUGAAGCUGGGGCCAGAAAAAGAUAAUAAAGCCACAGCUGGGUGGGACCUGGUUGGCCCAGCUCCUUUUCCAGGAGGGUUGGGGUUGGGGGCAGACUUCCCAGCACCCUACAUUCAUUCCCAGGAAAGAAAGGUAUAUUUCUGA